AUGCAAUCCGAAAAGAUCGAGUACGACGUCAUCAGACUGACCGAGGCGAGACGAUGCUACCCUCUCAACGCCGCCGGAGCUGGAGAAGAACUGUUCUUAGGAACAUGCGACAGUAAAGGAGUUGGUGAAGUUGAUGUCCUCGUCAACACGAGUAUAGCAAAGAAAAUCAACUCUUUCCAACGACUUACGACCCGAAUCGGACGUCUGCGGAUGAAAAGAUGUAGUUCAAUGCCGGCUUUGACUAUUUUCGUCGCUUACGCUCCAAUAUCAAACUAUACACAAGAAGAAGUAGAAGCUUUUUAUAUAGACCUAGAAAGGUCCUGUGGAGAAAACCAUACCUUCUACAAAAUCACUGUGAUGAUUUCAACGUCAAAAUUGGCCUUAAAAGAACACCUGAAAAACUUCACAUCAGGACCAACGCCCAGCAAUAGAUGA